CCUGUGCAAACUUUUCUGUCCUCUUCCUCCUCCCGCCCUCCCCACCAGCUUCUCGGCGCCCGGCGUCCAGCCUCCCCGCCCUCGUCGCUGCCUCGGGGUAGCCGCGCGCCGGGCAGCGCGGUCCUCGGCGCCGGCCCCACCCCACGCUCCGGGCCGCCAGGAGCCGAUGGCCGAGGCGGGCAGGAGCCCCGCGGAGCCCCCGGGAGAGCCGGCCGGGCAGGCGGCGGCCGAGGUCCCCGAGCCCGAGGCGCCCGCCCGGCCGCCAGCGCCUGCCCUGCGCCGGCUGCCCGGGGACCCGAGCCCCCGCGGCCGCUCGCAGAGCGACCUGUCGUCGUGCUCGAGUCGGGGCCGCCCGCUCCGGGUCCACAUCUCCGGCUCAGUUGACGGACUGGACAAAGCUUCUCUAGCAAACUCAGAUGGCCCAACAGCAGGCUCCCAAACACCUCCCUUCAAGAGAAAGGGGAAACUCUCCACCAUUGGUAAAAUCUUUAAGCCUUGGAAAUGGAGGAAAAAGAAGACCAGUGACAAAUUUAGAGAAACAUCAGCAGUAUUAGAAAGGAAGAUUUCUACAAGACAAAGUAGAGAGGAGCUGAUAAGAAGGGGAGUUCUUAAGGAAUUGCCUGAUCAAGAUGGAGAUGUAACAGUUAACUUUGAAAAUUCAAACGGGCACAUGAUACCCAUCGGAGAGGAAUCUACCCGAGAGGAAAAUGUAGUAAAAUCUGAAGAAGGUAAUGACUCUGUAGCUGAAAAAGCACCACCUCUGGAGGAAAAGGCAGAAGAUAAGAAAGAGAACACUGAAAACCACUCUGAAACACCGGCAGCUCCUGCUCCGCCUCCUCCAGCUCUUCCUAAGCCUAAACCCAAAGCUAAGCCCAAAAAAACACCUGUGCCUCCAAAAGGGGCCGCUGCUGGGGCCAGCCCCAAGGGUGAUGAAGUGCCUCCUAUUAAAAAAAUUACCAAGGCUCCUGGUAAGCAGGCCCCCGUCCCUCCACCCAAGCCAACAAGCCGAAAUGCAACCCGAGAGGCUGCUGGUUCCUCUCAUUCAAGAAAAACAACUGGCUCCAAAGCAACAGCUUCGCCAUCGACUUCCUCCACCUCAUCUCGUCCUAAAGCUUCAAAGGAGACAGUUUCUAGCAAAACAGGGAUGGUAGGAAUCACAAAGGGCAAGAAAAAAACUGGCAAGCAGUCAACGUCUCGACCGUCCUCAGAUGCAACCACUUCUGGCAUAUCUGACCUUAAAGGAGAGCCUUCGGAGACCAGGGUGGCGGGUCUCAAACCCGAGCAGACCGCCCCCGGCACCGAGGAGCAGACCGCAGGCAAACCCAAGUCCGCGGUCCCUCCGCCCGCCGUGGUUCCAGCACCUCCCCCUCCCACCCCUCCCCCCCCCACUCCUCCUCCCCCUCUGGAGGAGCAGAGCAUUGUUGCCUCAGACGCUCCUGUCGUCCUGGUCAGCGACGGAGCCGACCUGCCCGUCCCUGCCUUAGACCCAAGUCAGCUUCUCUGGACUGAAGAGGUGACAGACAGCACCACUGGCCACUCAGGCACUGGCUCAAGUGUUAGCAGGGAAAAUGCAAAAUGUUUCACAACCAAAGACGAGCUGGGGGAGGCAGCGCCUCAGCUCCUGACUCCUGGGCUGAUGGGAGAAUCUUCAGAAUCCUUCAGUGCCUCAGAGGACGAAGGCCAGAGGGAAUACCAGGCCAAUGACUCUGACUCUGAUGGGCCUAUCUUGUACACCGAUGACGAUGACGAUGAAGAGGAUGAGGACGAGGAUGGCAGUGGAGAAAGUGCUUUGGCAAGUAAAAUACGACGAAGGGAUACUCUUGCUAUCAAACUUGGCAACAGACCGUCUAAGAAGGAAUUAGAGGACAAAAACAUCUUGCAGCGUACCUCUGAAGAAGAGAGGCAGGAAAUCCGACAGCAAAUUGGAACCGAGCUCGUCAGGAGACUUAGCCAGAGGCCCACAACUGAAGAAUUAGAGCAAAGAAAUAUCCUGAAGCAAAAGAAUGAAGAAGAAGAGCAAGAAGCAAAAAUGGAACUUAAACGCAGACUCAGCAGAAAGCUCAGCCUGAGACCCACAGUGGCAGAGCUGCAAGCUCGAAGGAUCCUGCGGUUUAAUGAGUAUGUAGAAGUCACCGAUUCACCUGACUAUGAUCGCCGGGCAGACAAGCCCUGGGCCAGGUUAACACCUGCAGACAAGGCAGCAAUAAGGAAAGAGCUCAAUGAAUUUAAAAGUACAGAAAUGGAAGUUCAUGAAGAGAGUCGACAGUUUACCAGGACACAGUUUUCAUUGCGACCUCCAGUUUAUGAACAUGACUGGUCUACUCACCUUCAUCAGCAUUUUGGGGUGGUGGUGGUUCUAAAGAAUGAACAAUAAUAUCCUAUUUCAUUGAUUUCUAUAAGGUUUCAUCGUCCAUAAUGAAGUGCGGGACUCUUUGGAAACAUACUGAUCAUCUUUGGGGGGGAAUCCUCGCUUCCUGAAAACCUGAUAUUGCACUGGGAUUUGAAUGUGUAUGUUUCCGUUUAACUUGGGGUGAAGGAAGCGUGUGGGACGUGCUCCCCACCUAUACAGCCCGGAUAGGCCAACAAGCAAAGGGAAGGGUGCAGCGGCUCUGCUGUCCAGCAUGUGGAUUGAUGGUAAGGGAUACCAUGGUUACGCCACUUAUUCUUCAUCAGGAGUUUUAAUCAAAGAAGAUGAGCAGAAGACAAUCGCUGGUUCCCUGUUGCCAGAGAAGCCACAUUUAAGAGUGCGAGUUAAAGAAGAAUGGGGAAUGGAAUUUCUGAGCACUGGAGAGGGGUGGGGGGUUGAAAAUCAGAAAGCAAGAGAAGUACUUCAUUAUGUUAAUGAAAAGAAGAAAUGGAAGCUUAAAGGUAUUUUCAAAGUAGGCUUUUGGUAGUUGAGAACUUAUUAAGGGAUUUGGGAGUUUAAUCACCCAAGGUGGAUUUCCAAAAGACCUGACCCUAGAAGAAUAUUCUUGUUUCAUCAUUAUAUUGGUACAGUAUCGUACCAUUAUUUUUUGUUGUGCCAGUGAAUUCAGUUGCCAGAAAUGAGUCUGAGUGUUUUCAUGUAUCUUUUUCUUAAAUGCGAGAGGCUUUUACUGACUCUUAAUAAGCAUGCUUACCCAAAUUUUGUUGCAUGCUUUAAGUAGCAUAGCUAUACAUACUUUACAUUUUUUUUAAUACGCCUUACCUAAUGUACCAACCGUCCACAAGGAUUAUAGGACUGGGAAUAAAGUCAGAUGUAAUUAUUCGACCCUAUAAAUCUGUAACAGGCUUUAGAAAUAAAUCUUUUGGUCUUUCCCUAUCUUGAUUAUCUCCAAAGUUGAAACCAUCACACUUGAUCUAAGGAAGAUAAUAUCGACAAUCAUGGCACCUUUUUAAAAAGUCUGAAUCCAAAGUUAAAACUUAAGCAAAAUGCAAGUUUUCUGCCAGCAGUUAGCUCUGAAUAGGAAUGAAAAGAACUACUUAUUUUCCAUGCUGCAUUAAGUUGGAUUGCUGCUAUUAAAAAAAUAAAGCACAUGGAUUAAAAAAAUACUCACCCAAAGACUUAAAAGAACGGAAAAUUUCUGCUAAGUUGUAAGUGAGGAGAACCUCAUUUGAUAUUUUAAGAGUCUGCAGAUUGCAUCCAUAAAUAUAACAUUGACUUUCAGUGCAAAAUAAUCAGUGAGAUUAAAGUUAUGGAAGAUUUCCCUAUGAGCCUACAGUCAGUAUCGUUUACAUUAACAAGUCCUCUAUUGUCAUCUUACUGUUUUCCAUGGAGUCACGGGCAUAAUAUGGCUUCUGCUCCCAAGUACAUAUGACCAUAUGUAAAUACCACCUUGCAUUUAAUUGUUCUUUCGUGAUUGUUUUGUGCCCCUUUUCUUAAAAACACAUGAGAUGUAUAACAACAAGACAAGACCUAAAUAGACUUUAUUUUAUUCUCAGAGUUCGGACUAGGAUUUUCUGAAAUGAUUCUGGUGCAUGAUAUGGAAAACUGUAAUUUUCUAUUUCAACCGAAAAGCAAACAUUUAAUCUGGUGGACAAAUUUGGAUCCUGCCAUUCAUUUACAUUUUAAAGAACCACUUAAAAUUGGAUGAUUUUGCUUCAAAAAUAAAACAAAAAUUUGGUCCCACUUAGCCUAUUACAAAAAGCCAGGACCAUUUUAUAACUAAGAAAAGUAGCCAGCGUUCCUGGCACCUCUUGCUGUACUCAGCUAUAUGCAUUAAUAAAAUAAACCUAGAAUUCUACACUAUUGUCAUUUCCUUGAUAGCGUAAGACAUAUUUUUGUUUUGAAAACAUUUUUCUGCAUGCCCAAGUGUCUUUCUCUGGCUGAAGUUUUAUCCAUUUCAUAGUGUUUAAAUCCAGCCAUAGGUAUUAACUAUGUUCCAGUUUUUUGCUGAAGCCAUGUUUUUCCUUAUGAUAUUGUUUUAUUGUCAUUUUAGUGUCUUGGGAAAAAUACCAAGGAAUAUAGUGUUAUUUUAAUUUUCUAUACUUAUAAUCUUAGAACAUCAUUUUAAUUUCUAAUCACAAGGCCCCUAUAAAAAUGGUAAAUAUAAGACAUUUAUCACUGUUUUAUCACUCAAGAUACAUAUCAUGGAAAGUCUCUAUUUGGUUGAUAAAAGGAACAGUAUUUUUCCCACUAGCAGUACAUGUGAUGCAGUUUUUUAAUUCCCUACACUGAGAUGCACUCGGUACAAAAAUGAAACUCUGGUCCCUCAAUAUAUUGUUUUCCUUGUAUGAUAUGUCAGAUUUAUGAACUACCCAUACUUUUUCUUCUAGUGAUUGACAUGUUUAGGGAAAAGUUUAAAAGUCAAAAAAAUUAACCACUACUAGUUUAAUUUUUAAGAAUUGGAACCACAAAUUAUUUCAUUAGAAUGAUCCUUUAAAUAAAAAGCUAUGGAAAGAAUGGAAGGAUUAUGAGCUAAGCUAUAUUUUGCAGAAUGAAGCUCUACUUUAAUAGCUAAUUUUAUUCACUUUUUUAAAAUAUCUUUCUUGGACUAUAAUUGCUUUACAAUGUUGUGUUAGUUUCUGCUAUACAACAAACAAAGUGAAUCAGCUAUAUGUAUACAUAUAUCCCCAUAUCCCCAGUAGCUAAUUUUAAAAGGCAAAAACACUGCAUAUCCACCUCAGCAGCCCAUCUAGUGGUCUCUUGCCUGGCAGCCCUAAAAGGAUACAAAGAUGUGGACCACCCUCCAUAGAAUUAUGUAUCCGCCUAAUGCCAGCAUUUCUGCAAUCCAACCGAUAAGCUACGGUUCUAUAAAAAUAAAUGUGUAUGUGAAUUGGGUUGUUGUAAUACAACACCAGGGUUUUUCCUGUUUAAAGUGCGACAUUAGGCUGACAUAGAAGAAAGAAGUGAGUGGUUUUCCUGGGUCCCUAAGAUGUGAUUAAGGAAGAGAACAAAUCCAUCUCCAGAAAGGUCACAGGCAGGAAAAAACUAGACAGACUGUAAAAACCAAAGUGGCCAUUUCCAUCUUUUUUAAAAUGGAGAAAAAGAACAGUAACAGUAAGGUAGUAAGAAGAUGCCAUUAGCUUUAUCAGCAUCUUCAUGGUCAUAACCAAUUAGUCUGACAAAACUAGUUCUCCGGUGAUUAGUGUUAAUUUUUGGCAGCCCUGCCUGAUAAUUUCCUACGGGUGUGAAAUGUCUAGCAUUUUCUUUUUGUUCAAUAUAGUUUACCUUUAUGAUAAUUCCUAAAAUUAUUUAGAUGAAAUCUAUAAUAUUCAGAGAACUAUUUUGGGUAUUUGAACAGCUGUUUUAAAUGGAGAAAAAAGCACACUUGUCUAUCUGAUUUACCCAGAAAAACCGACUUUCUGGUUUCAUUUUCAUAUCCUUUAUUAGCAUAAUGUUGUAAUCACUUAUCUUUCUCUUAUGUUAGUAAAUAUAUUGUUUGUAGAAAGUUCUAAAAUGUCAGUGAAAAUCUUUUUAAGGGAGUAGAGAAAUUGAAUACACCCUUCAAUAAUCAUCGAAAAUUGAAAAUGAGAGAGAAAUCCUUAAAACCCAUAACUCAGGUUUUACAACCUGCAGUUAAUUCAGUGCUGCAUUGGCACUUAAAAAAAAUAAAGUAACUUACACUUAAAAGCGAGAAAAAUCUGCAUUAACAUUGCAUAUCCUAAUGUGUACCACAUUUUAACACAAAAACAGGCAUUGUAUUUAUACUUAAUAGAAUCAGACACAACUUUCACAAAAUAUACUGUAUUCACAAUAGAAAAAAGCAAACUUGACUAUCACAUAGUAGUAUCUCCACAUUUAAACAGUGAAAGCUCUUCAAAAAUGUCAUAUUAUUUCUUUAAUUCGUCCCAGCAGCACAUUUCACACAGAGUGAGAAAUCGUUCUCAGAAUAGGUAAGAUGGAAACAAGCUAGUACAAGAUACAUCAGCUUAUGUCAUUUCAUCGGUAUGAUAGCUUAAACAUUCCUAGAUCCAAUCAUAUUAUUAAGCCUAAUCUUACUAGUGAAAGUAUAUACUUUGAGACAAUAAUUAAUUUCUUCACAUUGUUAGAGAAUGUUAUGAGCACUAAGGAACCACUAAGAUGCAAUUUAUUUACAAAGUUUUCCCUUGGCCACUUGAACUGGCUGAUCUUCCACUAUUGGGCAUUUGAGCGUAUGUCACAUUGUUUUACUUGCUAAAGCAGAAUGAACUUUUGGAGCUGAAAUAUGUCCUAGAGGGGAAUGCAACAGCAAAAGUAAUCAUCAAAUUAAUAGGACCAUCUUUGUGAGAGAAAGCACAUCUCCAGAUAGUUGACACCCAAGUUUCAAAGAGCAGCAUGAGGCAUUAUUAUAAUUUGGCAGUGAUCAAAGUGUGGUAGGACAAGGGUAGAAUACUCCCAACCUGUUCUCAUUUUCACUUUCCACUUACUUUUUGUAAUCAUUAAGCUUAAGCUCUUUAUGGAAAUACAAACCACCAUUAACAUUUCUAGAAAACAACUGAAAAAAAUAGCCCACUUAUGCUUUUUCAAAGACAGGUUCAGGGCUUCCCUGGUGGCGCAGUGGUUGAGAAUCUGCCUGCUAAUGCAGGGGACACGGGUUCGAGCCCUGGUCUGGGAAGAUCCCACAUGCCAAGGAGCAACUGGGCCCGUGAGCCAUAACUACUGAGCCUGCGCAUCUGGAGCUUGUGCUCCGCAACAAGAGAGGCCGCGAUAGUGAGAGGCCCGCACACCGCGAUGAAGAGUGGCCCCCGCUUGCCGCAACUAGAGAAAGCCCUUGCACAGAAACGGAGACCCAACACAGCCAAAAAUAAAUAAAUAAAUAAAUAAUAAAAAUAAAGGAAUUCCUUUAAAAAAAAAAAAAAAAAAGACAGGUUCAUCCCAAAUUAAGAAAUCCUACUGUACACGCUGUAAGAUUUCUGGCAAAAAGAGAGAAUCCUAUAGCAGCUAUUCCCACCGGAAGCCAACCCUAUAGGCAAGGGUCAUUUUUAGCUAUGCUAGGAUUUACUGCACAAAAAAUGUCAUUUAGCUUGUCACAUUGCUAGCACAGCUGCCCAUGUGAGCAAAGCACUCCAUCAGUGUUUCUCAGUGGGGUACUGUUGGCAUUUGGAGCUGGGCAAUUCUUUUUGUACAGAAAUGUCCCACACAUUGCAAGAUGUUUACUCUCCCAGGCCCCUGCUGCCUAAAUGCCAGUUGUAUGCCCAGCCAUUGUAAAUACGAAAAGUAAAAAGCGCUCCCCCAUGUUCAGAUGCCCUUCUGGGAGGGCAGUACCUCCUCCCUUAAAUGCCACUGUCUACUGCAAUUUGAGGACACGGGAAAAAGUGUCUAUCUCAAAAUAUCAUCUUGACUCCCUUGCAUUUCUUUGGGCCCUGAGUAGUUUCCUCCCCCAUCAUUUUUCUAGCCUUUUGUUUCUAGCCUUCUGAUGCAGCUUUAGUUUACCAGUUCUUCAGGGAGGAGGUUAUGGGUUAGCCUAGGCAGUUCUGACAGGCAUAGUCGCUUGGCUAGUCCCUGUAUGUACUUAAAGGGGAGAUUUCACAUGAAGCACACUUUUUUUGUUUUUUUUUGCCUCACAAUUUUACCUCAGAACUACACUGUUGGUCAUAAUCCUUGUCAGUGUCUUGAGGAUCAUUGCAUGGCUUAACCACAAACACGACAGCUAACAAUCCACAUAAACAAAACUCUUGGUCUAUGAAAAUCACCAUUAGUUUUCACCUGGUAAGCUGCAUCCCAUGAGUUCCCAAACAAUUGCCUCUUUAUCCUAUUAAAGAAGCAUUUAAUUCACAUGCACAUGCUUGAAUUCCCCCUGCAUAAAUAUAGCCAUGCAAUUCGACUUUUCUUAGAUUUGUGAAUACUAAAUUAUGAAGGAAACAUGGGUGAGCUGUGGAUUGCUUGCAUAUUGUUCAUACUUCAACGAUGAUCAUACACAAACUGAGUUUUACCUAGGUGAAACAUUAUUAUACUAUACUAACAGUACAUAAACAUACUUAUUCCUUUCAUAACUUUUUAUCUCCAAAACUGAAUGGUAAAUAUGCCUUGAAAUUAUUUGGAUGUAUUGUGGCUAACAGAUCGAAUUAAGUUAACCACUAUAAUUUUUUUCAAUACUAAAAUUUCUAAAUAUCUUUUUUGAAGCAGAGCAACUCAGUCAAUAAAGGUGAUUAUAUUGUGAAUUUUUAGAUGGUGCUUAAGAAUUCUUGUGAAAUACUUUUUUUUUUUUUUUUU